AUGCAGAGAGAUGCUUUCUCUGCACACCAAUGCAAGGUUGCGCCCCAAGUAAACCCGGAAGAAUUGUCAGAAGAGACAGGCACACACACGCACUCAUACACAGACGUGGCAGCGGGUCGGCUUGCUAGUGGCGCUGGCGUCCUACCCCUCUUGCUAGCAUCCUCACUCUUCCACGGCAGCGCCGCCCAACUUCACCAUACCGCAACGCGGAUGGUCGAGCAGGCGGCCAGAUCUGCGGCCCAGUGGGUCGUCGUGGUUCGUCUUGGGGCAAGAGGGAGGGAAGUGAGGGGGCUGUUAUUUUUUUUAACCGCUGAUGACGGGCAUGUCUACCAUGGCAAUCUCGGUGAGAGCCGGGGCUGCAGUUUGGCUCUUGGCCCCCGAGCUGAUACUAACACCCUCGGAAACGUUGCGCCCGCACUCAAGAACUUGCAGCAGACUGAGGCGUCUUUUGUUUGUCCUUUCAUCAUUCUUGUUGCCAUUUGCCUCUUCCAUCUCGCAGCGCGGUUGCACGCAGCUCUUCGGCCGGACUCGAAAUCCGCCCUCAUAUCCAUUGGUCCAGACGGCGGCUCAGGCACUUCGGUAGCGAGCCGGGACCGUUGCGGCCCCCAUCUCUCCGCCGUCGGUUAUUGCGAUGCCGUGGUGCGCGGUACGCCUUGGUUGCCAACUUGGCUCGUUCUACCAUCUACAACUCUAAAAAAGGACACGAGAAGGCUCUUGACUGUAUUGCUGAGACAGGGUUGCCUUAAGUCCAUUUCUACUACUGCCUAUAACGGAAAGUCUCGCGGUACGCCGUACUAUCAGCCCUGGAGCGCGACACAGAGGGGUGGCAACAGAAGCCUGACAGCGGCCGUCAGAAUGGGCCCCGACAAAGUGAGGCGGAAGACGUGGCACGAGCGGUGGAAUUACUUGCUGUCAUUCUACUGUCAUGACGGCCGGCAAGCAUCGGCCACGGUCUCACUGCAUUCGUCCCCGGAAAGCCACAACGGGUUGAGAGGCUGCUGUGCUGCUCCCCGCCCCCUUGGUUGCCUUUUACUCCCUGCCUGCAACCUGGGUCGCGAACCCAGGGCUGCUGGAGCGACGGUCAAGUUCCCGGAUGCUACUCCUUUACUCGGUGGCUCUGCAGCCAUCCUGAGCAGCAAGACAGGUUCGGCAACGGCUGAAGACAUUCCCCAGCGGGGAAUGCACCCGCUUGGUCCGACAACUCGUCCCACACCUUCUAGCCUCCCUUUUUCCCAUUUGGAGAACAUUUUCAUGCUCACACUCGAUCCCCACUACGAAUUUUUGUCUUGUUCCUCAACUCCGAGCCGCAGUAGUCCGCUUGGCAGAUCCUGCGGCCGCUUCCAUCACCGUGACCAUUUGAUUUUCGACAACGACAACAACAUGCUUGGAAAAUUUAGCCUUUUCAUGGGCUUUGGGGAAGCGAACGAGUUGUCAGUUUGGGCCAAGGCUUCCGAGGAAGAUACUGUUACGUGGCGAUAUCGGUCACAGGAACGGGCCGACCCGGAGUGGCGCUACAUCUGUGAAUCACGAAUGGAUUGCGCAAGAAGGCAAGGGUGUAUGGGUCGCAGGGCUCUUCGCUUUCGAUUGGUGGCUGACGACGGACGAGUCGCUGGAAUUAUGGCAGUUAACCCUGUCGUAGGCAGGCAUUUUCUGACAGCCGCUGCAACGGUGUCUCUGAUGACAAUGGCGCAUGCAGGAGUGGUGUAUAUCGAUAUGUACGAUCGCCGAGACAAUUCCAUGAGAUUCAAGGUGACAGAUUUCUAUGCCGGCUUUCGAGUCACAGCACCAGCAUACCACUGCCGACACAAAUCGUACGGUAGAGUAACGCAGCGGGCCGCCGCGAGAAUCGCCACCAAUUACGUUUUCGAUAUUCUUAAGCGACGCCGGUACGUCGACUUCCGUACUGGGUUUAAUUUACCAGUGAGACAGCGAUUCGCCCAACUGCACUGCCUUUUUCUUUGUGCCAAAGCGGAUCAGCGUGUCGGUCCCCCCUCCACAGUGAGGUGUCCAAGAUAUCACUGGCCGGCAAUAAUCUGGAACUGUGACAAGGCAAAGGAUGGCCGCAUGAAGAGAGACCGAGAAGUGGGAAGGGGGGAACACCGCUCGUUCGGGAAAGGAGCCAAGACAAGGCUCCAACCUAAUGCCCAAGAACACGAGGCUGGUUGCGGUCAAGCUAUCUGGGGAAUAUCGAAGCCCAAAGAUGCGCCGGAGAGGAGCGUUCUGCAGACUGGGGCAUACAAAGUGGAAUAUCUGAUUUUGGCAUCUUGGAGAAUUGAAUACAUUGCUUCUCACCACAUGACCUCUGAGACGGGCCGCUAUGCAAGCACUUUGGCUGCAACCUUUCUAGAAUACACUUUAUGUUUCUGGUGGGAAGAUGAUUAUAUGGAGGCCAGGGCAAGCCAGGGCUGGUGUGAUGGCUUCCAGACAAAGGAUCAAGUGUACACCAUGGCAAUAACAGUGAGAAGGUUGGGGGUUCAAAAGGCAGCAAAGGCGGUUUGGAUAUGGCCCAGCUCUAUAGGCCGUUCAUCAUUGGACGUGUUCUUGGUCGCGACCCUCCUGGCGUCGGACAUGCAUAUCCGACUUACAAGCGGAGAACAUGGGCUUGGUUACGGAGAGAGUCACGGAACGUCAGUCUUCAAAACUGCAAUACGGUACAGGGUAGGCCAACACAUUGACGGUCCCGGCCGAUCGCUUCUGAUCGGCUGUCAACGGGCAGAACAAACGGACAAGCGAAAAAGGCCCGCAUUGGCCGUUUGCUCAUCGCUCGUCCCGUCUACAUACAACAUUUGGCCCUUUGAUCUUGACCACCAUGACGGCUUCAUCCUCCGCGGCUGCAAUCUAAUCCGGCCUAUCAAAACGAUCGCUGCCGGCAUCGUCCCAGGGCACAUCAGACAACCGCAGGUUUCAGCGUCUCGGGCGACCCCACUCUCGGACCCCUGCGCCGUGAAACCUGGGGCCGAUUCAGCGACAUCUUGCCUACUCUUGCCCAUGCCGAACCUCUUUUCUCUUUGCCCACCUGCACAAUUCUUGCAGCUGCAUCCCACUCGGACGUCUUCACAGCCUACAGCGUCCCUGUUUCUUUGUUCAUCCCUUUUUCUCCUGGUCAACGCCGCGCUCCGCCAGGCGGCGCACACGGUGUUUGUGGCGGCCGCAGUCCCACUCCAAGGCAUGGCCGCCCGGAACGGUUGCCUCAAAACCACCUUGGACAACCCGCGACCUCAUACGACGACCGCCUUCUUGUCGUCGUUUGGUCGACUCGCCCAGGCCGAAACUGGAAAAAAACAAGACCCCGACUGUCCCGAAAAGGACCGUAACAAUUACACACCCAAAACGCCCGGUUCCCACCCGGUCGCUGCAUCGGGCCUCACCAGUAUCGGCUCCCGUGAAUACCACAAAUGGUCCGCAGCUCUACCACCACUGCAGCCUUCCAACUCUCUUCCGACCGCCUUUAGCGACGAACAGCUCAUGGACCAGCCCCGCAGCCUUGCUGUCUCUAAUUGCCGUCGCGCUCACGCCCCCGCGGCCACGUCUCGACCGCAGCCAGAGCGUACGCCUCGCGACGAUGUCGUUGCGACAGGGACCAGCACGCCGACAUCAAAAGGUACCUGCCGCUCUUCUGAUGCCCAACCUCCCUUGCCAGUCCACGGAGACUACCAUGACGCCUCGGGCAGUGCAUUUGGCCCCCGAGGUCUGGCUUACACCCCAGUGCCUCUAUCACGUAACUUGGGUCCAUCGGUUCGUGACCUUUCGCUGCAAACAUUGCCAGCAGAGAUAGUGAUCCAUAUCUUGGGCUAUCUUGACUCUUCAACGCACAUCUCCGCGGUGCCCAAGAAGCGCCAGCAGCCCAAUGCCACAGUUUCCAUUUCGGUCGACUUGACACCAUCCUCGUCUUGCGCCCCCCACACACAGACCGUGAAUGCAUGUCGCUACCUGCGCUCUCUCUGCGCGGACCCAGUCCUCCACCAAUACCGCCUCAGGCGCACUCGGUUCACCCUCCCCCCUCUUCUGGCCAUGCACAACCGCCUCUCUCUGGAAGAUCUCAUAACCCGCUCCAUAUUCCUCACGCAUACGUCAGUGGUGUCUCGAAAGCUGGCCCGGUCCCUAGUCUCCAUACGCCUAUCCCGUCGCCUCGCUGCUCGCCCCUCCCCGGAGGCACUAGUCCAGCGUGCAGUCCUACCCCCGGAAUGCGUCCCCGGCAUGGCCACUGUACACGUUGUCCCUGGUCUGGUGGCGAAGCGCAGGGCUAUUGAAAAGGAAAGGGUCAAGGAUGGUCUUCGAAGGUGGAUAGCUGCCAAGUGGCGCGGGGAGGUACAAGUGCGAGAGGAGAGGGCUCGCUGCCGGGACGAAGUACGUGGCGUGGGCCGAGUUUGGCGACUUACUCGAUUUUGGGAGCAGGUCGGCCGUGAAGAGCAACGUCUAGCAAUGCGUUAG